AUUGGUCAAUAGCUGUUGUAAAAGCAAAUAUUGCAACAAGGAAGCACAUGACCGACUGUCUAUGGAAGGGGAAGAGACUGCCUAGACAAAAGCUUAAGGCGCAGUAGUUUACUAGUUAUUGUUCGUUGAUUUCAGUGGUAUUGAGUUGUGUUUUAUAAGCGAUUUAAUUGCGGAAAUGAAGUUCCUCAUAAUCCUAUUGUUCAUUGUGGCAGCUUGUCGGGCAAUUUCUUUCAUUGACCUUGUGUUAGAGGAAUGGGAAACAUUUAAGCUUGAACAUGGGAAGAAAUAUAAAUCUGAUGUUGAAGACAAGUUUCGCAUGAAGAUCUACAUGGAAAACAAACAUAAAAUUGCGAAACAUAAUGCAGCUUUUGAACAAGGAAAUCGAAAAUUCAAGCUUGGACUGAAUGAAUUUGGAGACAUGCUUCACCAUGAAUUUACACACAUUAUGAAUGGUUUCAACCCAAUACGAAGAGGAGAAUAUAUGCGGCAGAUGGGUGUAGCAGGAGCAACCUUCAUCAGUCCUGCAAAUGUCAAACUUCCUGAGUCUGUAGAUUGGCGUAAGAAGGGUGCUGUUACGCCAGUCAAAAAUCAGGGACAGUGUGGCUCCUGCUGGUCCUUCAGUGCUACAGGAUCUCUUGAAGGUCAACACUUCAGAAAGACUGGCGUGCUCGUUUCCCUGAGUGAGCAGAACCUAAUAGACUGUUCUGGAAAGUAUGGUAAUGAAGGUUGCAAUGGCGGCUUAAUGGACCAGGCCUUCCAGUAUGUGCGGGACAACAAGGGAAUAGAUACUGAAGUGUCUUAUCCAUAUGAAGCCGAGAAUGAUAAGUGCAGAUACAAUCCUGGUGCUUCAGGAGCUACUGAUGUUGGCUUCACAGACAUAGAAGAAGGCAAUGAGCAGCAGCUGAAAGAGGCUGUGGCUACUAUUGGACCUAUUUCUGUUGCUAUUGAUGCCAGUCACGAGUCAUUUCAGUUCUACAAAAAAGGUGUCUAUUUUGAACCAGAGUGCAACAGCACAGCUCUUGACCAUGGCGUGCUUGUGGUUGGAUAUGGCUCGGAUAUAGAAACUGGUGAGGACUAUUGGUUGGUUAAAAAUUCCUGGGGCACAACUUGGGGCGAUUUGGGCUAUGUGAAGAUGGCCCGCAACCGUGAUAACAGCUGUGGCAUUGCUAGUCAAGCAAGCUAUCCAUUGGUUUAAUUACUGCAAGAUACAAAAUGUUGGACUCUGAAUCAAGAUUCAGAGUUGGUUUUUCAAUUUUUGUGUUCUUUUUAUAUCUGUCAGUGUUCUGUUACAGUCCCACAUUUAGAAUUUUCCCAUUUGUACUUUGAACCAUUGUAAAGUGUCACAUACAUAAUUUGUAUUUGUGUAUAGAAUUUAUUUACCAUGUUAUUACUUGCCAAAUACAUUGUUUUUGAUAAAUCUGUUCCAUAAAUGUGCAAUAGGAUUCACUUUAGGACAGUGUAUAUUUUGUACAGAGAGACUGAGAAGUCGUUGCUUUCAUAACAGCUGUUGGUUGGUAUUGGUUUCCCUUGUGUGAAUUACUGUUUUAAGUAUUAUGUUCCUGUCUUUUGAACUGUGCACCCGAAGUGGUGAUGUAAGUGUCUUGAUUGUGAUAUUUGAUUCUAUAAUAUAAAGUACUGAAGAAAAAUUGUC